AAUUUUGUUGGAUGAAUUGUUGGGGAGUGACGGCUGCGGUUGGGGUGACACGGAUCAAAACGAAUCUCUAUUCUUUUGACCCCGACAAUUAUAUAGCACAAGAUAGACAAAUCAGGGGUCGCUUUCUCCGCUUUAAGAAAGUCAGGGAUCGCCUUGUUCGUUUCUGCGUUGGGUUUAUUCAUCUGGACCGCGAUUCCAUUGGUCUUUAGGUGGCUGUGUUAUCGUCAGUCCUACCCUCUUGUCCGCACGCGCCGUGAUUGAUUCGAUCAAUCGGUACUUGUCCGCGCGCGCCGUGAUUGAUCCGAUCAAUCGAUGGACGGCCAUAAUUCACCACAUCCUCAGAUUGCUGAAGUGAAAAUGGACAUCUCACCAUCAGCUUCUGGAGCAGCGGGGAACAAAAUCUGCAGAGGUGCUGCCUGCGAUUUCUCUGACUCCAGUAAUGCCUCAAAAGAUGCAAAGGAGAGAUUCGCAUCCAUGAGGAAGCUCAUAAUUGCUGUAAUCCUUUGCGUUAUAUUCAUGACGGUGGAAGUGGUUGGAGGCAUCAAAGCAAACAGUCUUGCAAUUUUAACUGAUGCAGCCCAUCUCCUGUCGGAUGUUGCAGCUUUUGCCAUAUCAUUAUUCUCUCUUUGGGCAGCUGGAUGGGAAGCGACACCACAGCAGUCAUAUGGAUUUUUUCGUAUAGAAAUUCUCGGUGCAUUGGUUUCAAUUCAGCUCAUAUGGCUGCUUGCUGGCAUACUCGUGUAUGAGGCUAUUGUGAGGCUCAUUAAAGACAGUGGCGAGGUGCAGGGCUCCCUAAUGUUUGCUGUAUCAGCUUUUGGAUUGUUUGUCAACAUCAUAAUGGCUGUAUUGCUUGGCCAUGACCAUGGGCACGGACAUGGACAUGGACAUGGACAUGGCCAUUCACAUGAUCAUAGCCAUGAUGAUUCAGAUGAUGACCACUCCCACCAUGAAGAACAAGAGCAGGGCCACGUGCAUCACCACGAGCACAGCCAUGGCAGCUCUAUUACUGUCACAACUCAUCACCACCACCAUUCAGGUGCUGGACAACAUCAUGGUGCCGAGGAACCAUUGCUUAAGCAUGAAGCUGGUUGCGAGAGUACCCAGUCUGGUGCCAAAGCUGCUAAGAAGCCUCGACGCAAUAUCAAUGUACACAGUGCUUAUCUGCACGUGCUUGGGGACUCCAUCCAGAGCAUUGGUGUGAUGAUCGGAGGUGCUGUCAUCUGGUACAAGCCUGAGUGGAAGAUCAUUGAUCUCAUCUGCACCCUCAUCUUCUCUGUGAUUGUACUGUUUACCACAAUCAGGAUGCUGCGCAACAUACUUGAAGUUCUGAUGGAGAGCACACCGCGUGAGAUCGAUGCCACCAGGCUCGAGAGGGGGCUCUGCGAGAUGGAAGGUGUGGUUGCCGUCCACGAGCUGCAUAUCUGGGCCAUCACAGUGGGGAAGGUGCUCCUGGCGUGCCAUGUGACGAUCACGCAGGAAGCCGAUGCUGAUGAGAUACUUGACAAGGUCAUCUGUUACAUCAAGACGGAGUACAACAUCAGCCAUGUGACCAUCCAGAUCGAGCGCCAGUAGGCUUAAUCUCAGGCUGUUGGGGGAUAAGAAGCGUCACGUCUUCACUGCUUAUCCUGUUGGUGUGGUUAAUAAUUGUUUUUUGCACUUGGGAAGGCGUCAGCCAGUCAUCAGAGCGUCAAUAUGCUUGCAGGUUCAUCUAGAUGCUAAUUCUGAUGAUGGAUAGUAUCGUCUACUUAUCAUUACUAGUCUAUUAGGUGAACGAUUCAGUUAUUCAGGUGGUGUAGUCAUCAGUCAGUGCAUUCACAUGGAUGCGAUUUUCGGACGUGUUGUUAGCGCCUUGGGGGUUCAUCGAACUUCAUCUGUUAGUGUUAGCACACUGUGUCAUCACUUUUAUGUAAGACGUUUUCUGGCGUGGAAGAUGUGACGAGGGCUCCUGCUUGGCCUAUUACCGUU